AUGCAGGCCUAUCAGCAGCUAGGCAGCUGUGCGCCCUCUUCCCGGGAGGAUGUGUAUGUCUUCGCCAUUGCGCCAGUCACAAAUCGUGGGCUUGCGGCGAUUACCUCUGCGGAUGAAUUACUCCUUCUCGACAGGGGCAGUCUAGCUCAGUCCAACGUUGGCAGAUUGCAAGGUGCGCCCGUCGGCCUCACGUCGUUGGUCGUGGCCGACCAGGGGACCGCUGUAAUAUGUGCAGGCGGCGAUGGGGCUGUAGCCGUCUUCGAUCUGAGAAGCGGAUCUAGAGCUGCGCAGUUCAAGUCGGGUAUGUGUGACUGUCACGUCUAUUAG